UUCUAUAAUCGUCGACGUGUCUCUGUGUGUGUUCACUAUCCGUUUCGUUUCUCUGUGUAUUAUUAUCGUUUCUUCAAGAGACCGACCGAUAAGCGUACAUCGCUCGUAAACACGUUUCGCAAGCAUAGCAAUUCGCGCGAUUAUGCGCGUACCAUCGACGGUGGCCAAGAACCGUGUCCAGUUUCCGGCUAAUCGAAAAUUCGAACCGCAUACUCGAUGUCGCGACGACACGUGCCCGAUUUGCUCCUUCUACCGUCGGCUUGUCCCUCCGCGGGUGGAUUGUGCGUGACGUGCUGUGAAAAAUAGGAACGAUGAACAGUGACCUAAAUUAAGAAGCAUGUGCACACCCGAGGAGAUAAAGAUUUGCGAGGAAACGAUGGCGGAACACAAGGAGAGACUGGCGGAGCUUCAAGGGCUGGUGGCGCAGAUCGCGUCGAACGUCGGUCUGGACGCGAGUGGACCGUUGAACUGCGAAGUGGAGGCACUCGGACAGCGUCUGGAUGACAUCCGUGAAACUUUGUCGUGUCUAGCGGAUGCGGCAGACGCCCGUGCCCUCAACCAGGAGCUCACACGUGGCGAUUUAUGUCAGACGAAAAAUUUCCUGGACUCGGUCCAACAGAGCCUCACCUCGGUGAGCCAAGGCGAGUCGAAGGAACAGUUGAAGCUCCUUCGUAACCAUCUUCUCGCGCUCACGUGCACAGAACCACAGCUACAGUCGAUCAAAGAACGCACUCUGGAGGUAUCGACGCAGGAACUAUCCGUAGUCGAGGUAUUGCAACGAUGGCAGAACGUCUUCAGAGAAACCUUCCAACAGUAUCACCGUUUAUCGGCUCAUCUAGUCAAAACGCAGGAUGGUGCGACUGCCCUGAAACUCUGGCAGGAGUAUCUGUCCGACGUGCAAGAUUUCCUAUCUAACGACGUGUCCGGGGACUACAACGGUUUAUCGAAAUACAGAAACCUGUGCGAGGUGCAUCGAAAUCUCCUGACCGACCAACAGAAUCUCAUUCUCAGCGUUCGAUCGGAAGAGAGCAGUAACUUAUCAACAACGGAACAAUUCAACAUCCUAACGAAUUUGCACAAUGAAACGUUGGCUGCAAUUAUGGAAAGACACGCGGCGGUGCGUGACAGAUUGGCUGCGUGGGACAGGUACAAAUCGGACCAAACUAAAUUGCUGUCCUGGCUGAAGGAAAUAGAAAGAGAACGAAGCCAGUUACACCUUCGAUUCAUCCAAUUACAAAGGCUAAACGAAAUUCUUCAGAGGAUACAGGCACUGCUGGAUAAAAUAGAGCAAGGCAAAUCUCAACUGGAGUCUCUGCAAGAACAACAAGAAACUUUGCUCGUGAACUGUGACCAGACACUAGCCAUGUCCAUUCGAAUGGAACUUGCAGCUCACGCUCAAAGGAUCGCCAAUCUUAGUUCUAGUCUUGAAAUCUGGAGAGACUAUAUACCGAGGAUACAAAAGUUGUAUGCAGAAUACGAAGAACAGGCGAAGCACGUCACGACAACGUUUUAUGAAAUUGGUCAAACUCUGAGCACAGCGUUCCACGCGAAGCCUGCCAGUUUGUCGAAUACCAAGCAACAGCUGGAAUCUAUUCAACAACUGCAAAACAGACUAGCUGGCAUGACCACGGAUUUAGAGUCGCUGUGUGUGAUCACAGAACAGCUGAGGGAGUGUCUGAGUCCUAUCGAUAUGAAAUCGUUGAAUCAACAACAGGCGCUCCUUCGGUUGCAGCACGGAGACCUCGAACACCAGACCGCGUUGCUUAUUUGUAGGCUGGACGAACGUUGCGAUCUUUACGAUCGCUGGAAGGAUAGAUCGGCCAGGUUACUUACGUGGAUAGACGAGACUGAGAUCAGAAUUCAAGACUGUGACACAAUGGCGCCGAACGAACCUCAGGAGACCCUGAAGAGACUGGAGUGUGAUCUGCAAGCGGAUAUCGCGUUGAAACAGCUAGAACGUUUAUGGAUACAGAACACUGGCCAGGAUCUGAUAGAGGUAGCCGAGGAAGAGGAAAGCGAAAGACUACAGCGAACUCUAAAUGAAGUGAACGAGAGAUGGGAACGGUUGCUGGCUAUGGGCAAAUCUAGAGCCAGUAAAUUGGUUGAUUUGAUGAGAACUAUGGAUACGUUGGAGAAGAGGAUAAGCGAGUUAAGGAGCUGGUUGGCCAGCGUGGAGUCUCAAUUAUCAGAGACGUUCGUGAUCGAGGAGAUCACUCAGAACUGCAUCGACAAGAAGCUCGACGAUCACGAACAUCUUCAGAAGACGAUCGAGGCAGAAAGCGGAAACAUCGGCGAAGUGUUGAAUCUCUGCGAAAUUCUAUUGAACGAAUGCGACGCCUGGAAGACUUCCUUCAACACGGACGCGAUAAAGAAUGGAAUGGAAGGUUUGGAGCGUAGGUGGACAGCGACCUGCGUGAAAUCUGCAGAGAGGAAAGGGAAGAUCAUUCUCGCAUGGAAAAUUCUUCAAGAACUGGAGAAGAUCAGAGCGGAGCACGAGGACUGGCUCGAAGAAAUCGACGUGGCCCUUUCAGAAUUGGAGAACAACCUGGAUGAAGUUUCCAAGGAAGAAUCGAAGAAAGCCAUUGAGAAAACCAGAAGCAUCUUUGAUGAUAUAGAGGCGCACGAAUCGGUGAUCAAGAUAAUCGAACAAAACUUUAGUCGUUUAGCUAGGACAGGUCUGGAACCAGAUAAUCUAAAGUCGCUUAUCAGCGAGACUAGACGGCUUAUCGAUAAGUGGCAAACGUUGAAGCCUCGAACGAACGCUAUUCUACUGGCUCUCCAACAGGGACAGAAGAAUUAUCGGGAUUUCAUUACGGUGCACGGCGCGGCAGUCGUCGGAUUAACGCAAGUCGACGUGCGACUGACCACGACGCAACAUUUAGCUACGUUUGAACAAAAAUCCUCGACACGUCGAAGACUACAGCAGUUGAACGAGAUCGAGGAAGAGCUUCGUACGCAGAACCUCACAUUGCAGAAAGCGGAUGAGUUGGCGUUGAAGGUUAUGCAAGAAUGUCAUCCGGAUGACGUGGCGACUAUCCAAGAGCUGGUGGACGAGUAUCAGCUGCUAUGGAAAGACAUAAAGAAGAGAGUGGCUUCGCUGAGAGCGGAAAUCGAGGGACAGGAGAAGUUGGAAGUUGACGAAGCUGUGCAGGUGGAGACGUUGAAAUUCGAACAGGACACUGGUGUUCAAGUGGACACUUUGCCAAGGAUAGUGAGGAUGACGUCUAGCGAUGCCUAUCUGAUAGAAUUGGAAGCUGCUCUGAUUGAGUGCAACGAUGCGCUGGAUACGCUGGAAAUAGCAGUUACGCCGGAUCCUGUCGCUGGACCUGGAUUGAACACAGCGGCUAAGAAUAUCAGUAAACUAAUUGGAAGCUGCCAAUCGUCGAUCGAAUUGGUUCGUCAUUUGCACGGGUUGCUCAUUGAGGAUGGAAAAUUAAACGCGCAGGUUGCCAAGGCGAACGAAGUAGCGGCGUUGACGAACAGAUACGAAAAUCUGUUAAUCCUGGCGAGAACACGAGAACAACAAAUCAGAGAACUCAGGUCACCUAACUCUGACGUUUACACCUUUCCCUGUGAUCACGAUAAUGGUAGAUUAACCUGCCCCUUAUGUUCGCGUCGUAACUGGGCUCAAUUGGAGAACGAUCUCUGGAGAUUAGAAAAAUGGCUGGAAUUCGCAGAAGGCACGCAAAGUGAACAACAUUCGCCACCAAGCAACAUAGAACAAUUGGAGGAUGUCAUACAAGAUCACAGAGAAUUUGUACUCGAUUUGGACAGUCAUAAGAGUAUUCUAGUCAGUCUGAACACUGUCGGUGCUCAUUUAGCCGAUCACACGGAGGAACUGUGUCGAGCGAUGCAACUCAGAGACAGAUUAACCGUCGCAAACACGAGAUGGGACAAGGUGUGCAACGUGACUGUGCAUUGGCAGGAACAGCUGCAAGUUGCGUUGAUGUCGAACCAGCAAUUCCAUCGUAUUAUAGAGGAACUGCUUACCUGGUUGGAGAAAACGGAAGUUAGUAUACGAGCCAGCGAACCGGUCGAUUUGACCGAGUCACCGGAAAUUAUGACCGCCAAGUACAAUAAAUUCAGAGAACUGAGGAGCGAUCUGGAGCGGUGCGAGCCCCGAGUUCUGUCGCUUCAAGAGUCGGCUAAUCAAUUACUAGACGAGAAAGGCGAAACCAGAGCACGUCUACAGGAAUUGCGACUCAGAUUGCAGUCCCUUCGCCGGCUGACUGGUAUAUACGCCUUGAAAUUAGGAGCAGCUUUGGGAAUGGACCCACGAGAUAUUGGACUCGCAGCCACAACAUCUUCUCUUGCUUCCCUCUCUCACGAUCUACUCGACGAAGCUGCCUCUGGAACCGCUCAACCCCACGACGCACCUGGCACAAAUGGUGACGAUGGCGAACGUACGGUAUUAUCUCGGGGAUACCGUUUCCUGGGCCGAGUAUUGCGAGUAUCCUUGCCGAUCCAGGCGCUGAUGCUGCUGCUCCUCGGCGUCGCCUCGUUGGUACCAUCCGCCGAAGAAGACUACAACUGUAUGCUGUCGAACAACCUCGCCAGAAGCUUCACGCCAAUGGUCGUCUAUCCGAACGGGCCACCUCCUAUCUAAUGAUAAAGAAACCUAAUCUCGGACGCACCGAUUUCGUAGGGCCCAGAAGAAUGUUCAACCGAAAUAUUCAAAGAAGUCGCGGGAAGCGGAAACGCGAGAUCGCGCACGAUCUGCGUACAUAUGUACCUACUUAACUAGUCUGUCAUGUGGUGAUUCAUUGAUGCAAUCGAUAAGAGAGAUCAAUAAUAGAUCAGUUUUUUUCGUACGUCACAAUUCUCCUCGAGAUGGUCGAACGUUUAAGUAGAACUAUAAUGUUCGACUAUCUUGAUGAGAAAAAAGAAAAAAAUGAUACACAUUCUUCUAUAGACGAUGAUUUUACACGUAAUAAACUAAUCUAGACUGAAAAGGCUCAUGCUGGGAUAUACUAAACUGAAAUCCAAAUUUCUUGGCCUUAAAUUUAGUUGGAUUAAAGCAAGUAUAACGCCUUUGAUCUGACCACGUCCCAAUGAAAGACUACGUUUAAAGACAGUACGAGCAACGAUGCUUGCUAUUCGAAAAUUGAACGAAUAAUUCAGUUGUUCUUUCGUUGGAUCUUUUUAUUUGCUCUUAAUAUAAAAUUCGAUGAUUUUCAUUCGUUUAUUCAUCGUUGGUAUUAAAGGUACAAAUUUGUAUAUUCUCCGUUUGUAUAAAAUUUGUAAUAUAAUUGGACCUUCUCGUAGACAAACUUUAAAUAACAAAUUGUAAUUUUUUUAAAACUUGAUUUCUAUCUCUCGCUUCUAAAAUUGUAUAGAUUCUAUCGAAGUAAUACUUACGUUAAAUACUAUUUAACAUAUUGAUGUCGACAUACAUUAAAAAUGUUACUUAACGAAUAUAUUCCAUGAUAGCGUGAUACUACAUACAAUACCAGUUCGACUUUAUUUUUUAUACGUUGCAUUUAUAACUCGAAGGAAAGUAGGCAAAGAGCGAAGCUCGAUUUUGUAUAUCGAGAACGAAACGUCCACUGACCGAUAUUUCAGAGCGUGAUCGCGAUUAACGCGAUUAGUCAUUGGUGCUAGCUCGACCGCUAUAGAGAAAAACAUAAUAAUUAAUUAUAAUAUAUUAUUAUCAUCGAGGUGUUUUCGAAUUGUUCUCCUUUCCGUUCUUUUUUCUACGAUUUCUUAGGGUAAACAAUGGAUAAGGGAAAAAGCGAAGAAGGGAAGGAUAGAAUAAAAAGAAAAAAUGAAAAAAAAAGAGACAGACGUAUCGCAUAAUAAUCGAAAUCGCAUAAUGAAAUUAUUGACGACACCUCAGACGAGGUGUACCUUUUUCGAACGAGAACGACACACUUUUGGAUACGCACAAAAGGAUCAUGAGUUUAUUAUUCGAGGUACAAAAUAAGAGAACGACUGUAUUUAACGGCCCGCUAGUUUCGCUUCCUAAUUUAUCGAUAUCUUGCUUGCUGCGCGACCGAGCUUUGUUAUGUAUUUUUAUAAGGACAGAGCUUUCCGAAGACGGUGUACAUCUGUCGAUGUAAAAUAAUUAUAAUAAAUUAAAACCUAUAGAAACUUCA